AUGCACCCUACCGUUAGGGAACGCACUGCAGAGGCCGAUAGGAGUUUCAAUCCCUUACCACCAAGCCUAAUACCGCAGGGCCAACCGCCCAGGCCCAGUACUGCUAUACAAUACCCCGUCUUCAACCCGGAGCUCCCAAAGCUACAGUUCUCUCCGUCACCGCUAUAUGCAAAAGGCUGGAGCAACCUCCUACGCCACUAUCCAGGCGAUCUCAAGUCUACCAUCACUGGCAUCAUGACCUACGGCGUCCAGAUUGGCUAUAGGGACAAGAAGCAGUUUUAUCACUCCUCCAACCAUCACAUACGCGAACUUGAAAUGAUCUCGGCCAAACUCGCAGAGGAUCUUAACCUCGGUCGCAUUAGAUUGGCCUGUAGGCCCUCCUUCGUUUCACCGCUGGGGUUAGUCCCUAAGCACCAUGGGGGAUGGCGCCGCAUCCAUGAUCUAUCCUGGCCCCCUGGACAAGGCCUUAACCAGGGCAUACCGGACUCCUGGUCAGCUAUUGAAUACACAACAAUCGAUGAUAUCUACGAGCAGGUCAUAAAAGCUGGCCCAGGUUGCACAAUCAUCAAGAGGGAUAUUAAGGACGCCUUCCGAAUAGUCCCUGUUGCUGAGGAUAACCAGCAUCUUCUUGCCUUCCAGUGGAACGAUUGUACUUAUGUCGAAUGCUGCCUCCCCUUUGGCCUCGCUACGGCCCCAUUUCUCUUCAACCUCUUCGCCGAGGCUCUCCAUUGGAUAAUCCAAUGCCUCCUUGCUGUAUUCUAUAUCAAUCAUUACCUAGAUGACUUCAUCGCAAUCAUUCGGUCUCCCUCAGUGUCCGACCCUAUUGGUCCCUUUGAUGAGGUUUACAACGGAGUCACCGCCUACCUGCGUAUCCCUCGCAAUACCAAAAGGACCAACAAGGGACAUGUGUUACAGUCUUAG